GAGAACACCACGAUCGGUGUUGUUUUAUUAAUUUUUUCGUGUCAGUUUCUUAAAGCGAAAGUCGCGUUUAGUUUGCAAUCGCACGAGAACGCGUCCAGUCCACUCGAAAGUCUCCUCAAAUUUUUGAAAUUUGUUUGUAGCCCCCUCUCAAAAAAACUCAUACUGAACACUUAUAACGCAGAGUUGCUCAUAUUUCGAUUACGCGCGCAUAUUAGUCGUAAGAAGUGAAAAGUAAAAGAUUAAGUGACAGAACUUUCAACUGCAACUGAGCACGGCCAUUCUAGACGCCCACACGCCCACGCCCACCCAUUAGAAACUGACGCCCGCCCACUUGACAUGCCGAAGUCACAAGUGUCGUCGUUGUCGUUGUCGUCGUGGUCGUCAUCGUCAUCGUCAACAUCGUCGCUAUCGUCUCUGCUCUCGGUUGUUAGUUGUGCUAACUGUACCUGUUGAUUUACCCUUUUUGUUGUUGUUGUUGUUACUCGUGUUGUUGCCCCAAAACGCUGUCAACGCCUAUAUAAACAAAUGCUCACAACGGAUUUGCGUUUAUUCUGCAGUGUCACACCUAACGGUUAAGAAUUAGUCAAGCGAAUAGCUCAUAGACCCAAUUAAUGAACAUUACUUUGUGAAAACUCUGAAAACAAUUCAAAUUAUUGUGCGUGAAUAAAGACAAGUCAAUUGCAUAGUUUCAAAAUUGCAAAUAAAUAACACUAAAUUCGUGUUUUGUGUCACCUAAAUAAUCUUUCUGAAAGUUGGCAACUUGAUGUUGAUGAUGAUGAAGAAUUUGGCGUCACGCUCAACAACAUGCGGAGGCAGCUCUAUCGGCCAUCAGCUGACCAUUUCCAUUGUGCUGCUGUCAAUUGCGCUUUUGUCGCCCGGACAUGCACUGCCACGCCCUACAGUGGGCGCUGUGCCAACGCAGUUGUUCUACAACGAGCUGCUCAACUCUGUGCCAGCUAACGAGGACAACUUGUUCUAUGGCGAGCAAUUGCAACAGCAGCAACAACAGCAGCGACAACAGCACAAACAGUUGCCGUCAUUCAAUAGUUUUGUCAACAAGUGGCCAUCGUUGCGCGAUUUGCUGCUAACUGCGGACUACGAGGAUGACGUUCCUCUGCCCACCAAUAACAACAAUAACAACAACAAUCUGGAGGAGAGCAAUGAACGUGCUCAGCUGGGUUCGAGGCUGGUGGCGCGUCUGCACAGAUUGAGCGAAUCGGGCGAUGGCGAUGAUCAGUUGCGUUACAAUGUGAUCGAUGACAUGGCUGCCAUGCCCGCCAAGAAGCAGAGCGAGAAUGUCAAGCUGGGCAUUCAAGCCAAGCAGCACAACAUCAAGAAGAAUGUGCAAUAUAUGUCGCCGUGCCACUUUAAGAUCUGCAACAUGGGACGCAAACGCAAUGCCGGCUCCUUUGUGCCCUACUAAAAACAUAUCAGAAAAUAUAUAGCCCAAAAAAAGAAGAAGAAAAACACACAAAAAAAAGAAAAACUAAGGCCAAAAGUAAAAUAAAUGCAUAAAUAUUUACAAGGAACAGAAAUGCUGAAAUUCCAGAAUUGUUAAUUAUACGCAAGCCAAGUAUUGUUUAUUGUUUAGAAAGAUACCAAAAGAGUUCGCACUUGAAGAACUCGCAUAAUGCUAUAACUAUAUAAUAAUGUAUUUAUCUAUUAGUAUCCCCUAUGACAUAUGUAUCUAGCUAUCUCCCUCUCUCUCGCGCGUUUGUUCUUUCCCUCCUUAUGCAAACUGCAUGUACAGCAAUUCACACACACACACACACUCACAUAUAUACAAUUGCACACACUCUCCCUCUCACACACACAAAGCAUAUGAACAAGUAUUUCCCUCUGUUACUUUUACUUAUAGCUGUACAAUUAUUAGAAACUACAUAUUAUACGCAUUAUUCCACUAGUAUUUAGUUUUAAAUGACGUUUGACAAACAACAACAAAAAAAUGUUGCUAUUUAUUAAGUGCUUAACAUUAUUACGGCAUAUUUAUUGAAAAACU